AUGAGUCUCCAGUGGGCAGCGGUGGCCACCUUCUUCUAUGCGGAGAUCCUGGCAGCAGUGCUUCUCUGCAGCCCCUUCAUCUCCCCACAGAAAUGGCUGAAGAUCUUCAGAUCUCGCCUGGUACGCCAGGUGGUGAACCGUGGGAAGCCCUACUUCUCAGUUCUCCUGCUAAUCCUGGUGCUGCUCUUUAUGGAUGCCCUCUGGGAGAUGAGAAAGUUUGACUCCUCCGAGAAGAAGGGCCUGCGGAACAAUACCGUGGCUUUGGAGCAAUAUCACAUGAAGCUCUACCGAGCCCAGUGGAACCUGCACCUCACCAGCUUCUCGCUCCUGAUGUCGCUGCUGCUCCGCCGCCUGGUCACCCUCCAGAGCCAACAGGCCUUGCUGCAGGCCUCCCGAGAGGCCUUACGGAGGCAGGCGCUGGGGGCCCUUGAGGCGGCGCAGCGGUUCCUCGACGAGAAUGAGAGGCUGAGAGCAGAGGUCGGGAGCGAUAGUGCUGCCCAGCUGAGUGCUGCCCCGGUGAGCGAUGAAAACCAGUGCUUGAGGGAGGAGCUCAAGAAGCUGACAGAAGAGCUGGAAAACAGCCGCAGGAACCUGGAGUCCGCUCAGGACGAGGCCCUGGCCCUGCGCAAGCGCUGUGAGGGGGUCCCCCAAGAGCAUGACCACUUGGCUGAGCAGCACCAUGAGGCGGGGGAGGGGCUCCCUGAAGACCAGAAAAACAAGUGA